AUUUGUAUUUCUAAAGUUACAGGAUUGCAGCUGUAAGACCAGUAUUUGAAAGAAUAAUGAAAAGUUCGAUUUAAUUAGAGUCUCUCGUGAAGUUAUGGUCUGACUCAAGUCUAGCAUCAACAUAACGAAUUUCUGCUGCUCAGCAUCGACACGUUCACGUCAAAAUAGCAAUAUACUUCUAAUUUAGUGGAUCGUACUCCAAAUGUGUUCAUUUCCCAUUUGUAACGUUAAUAAAUGGAUAAAUGGAAUAACUGAAAUGAAAGCCUCUAUUAUUUUAUUAUAUCAGUCUUCGUACGUAGCAAUAAUUUAAAGAUCUUGCUCGGUCGCGACUUCUGUCGUGAAACUAAAGACAUUGUCGCCUUAGGUUUCGGCGGAGAAUCUUAUCGUGUGCCGCUGGAAGCAGCCAGUAUCAGCAGAGGUAUCAAAAUGAUGGGUGUGUCGCGUUAUAGACCAUCAUCGUUUUUCUUUCUGGGAAAGUCUUCCUUUCUGUUACAGCCUCCCGUCUUCAAAUAUAUUAGAUGUUUCUCUUUGUAUUCUGCACGUUUUUCUUCGAUUUGUUUGCCUUCCCAAACACAUGGAAAAUGCCGAGAAGUUGAGAGGAGUGCACAGUCACAGAUAAGGUGCAGGGUCAUUCCCAAGACCACGAUGAACCAAAGUAAAUUUUUAGCUGUUGAGCCAAUGUCACUUCUGAACAAGCUUGUGUGCUAUUACUCAAAGAAGUCAAAAUCAAAACAGAAACUUAUGAAAGGUGAUAGCACAGAUGAUGAAAGUGAUCUGGACGAAGAAAAUGGCUACAAAUCUGAUUCUGAAGAUGAAGACGAGAUUGAAGAUGGUAGUAAGAAAGAUUGGAAAGAUCUAAAAAUUAAUGUACCAUCUCCGAGGAUAGAUGCUGUUUUGAGUGCUGGGCUUGGAGUAUCCAGGAAGAAAAUUGAAGAAGCCUUCCUGAAUGCAAAACUCCGGCACAAUGGCAAGAAGGUGAUGAAAAAGAGUCGACAGGUACAAGAAGGAGAUGUGUUGGAUGUUGUGAAGGAAGACCGCAUCACCAACAAGGAAGGAAACCAAGUGACACUCGUCAUGAGGGUGGAGAUGAAGAAAAUCAAGGAGGAAAAAACGUCAACGGACAGGACGCCUGUCAAGCUCCGGAGAUGGAAACAUCUAGAACUCCCAAGGGAGAAGUGAUACCAGUAUUCCUUAUUCAAGUAAUAAGUUAAAAAUAUGUCAAAAUCACUGCUUAUAGAGAAUUCAUGCAUCCUUUUAUUUUUCGAGUUGUAGCCUUAAGAGCCUGACGUUUUGUAUCUGAUCAAGAUUGCAAAAUAUGAUACAUUUUGUUUUUAUUUCAGAAAGUAGUCUGGACAUCAUCUUUGUACCAUUUUUUAUAUAUUCUCAGCAAAUCUGUGACAAAAUUUCAUGCACUGAUAUGAUUAGCCAGAUAAGUGUAAGAGGUUAACAUUAUUUACAUAUCUCUCUUGCCUCACUUAUCAGGAAUGAAUUAGGUUGAGGGAAAGAUUUUUUAUUUUUUUUUCAAAUUGAUUUCAUGCAGGAAAGUACAUUAUGAAUUGAAAUCAUGAAUGAUUUUUUUUUCAUUUAUUAUAAGUAGUGAGGUUAGGUAGUAGUAAUAUAAGUUUUUUUUGGGGGGGGGAGUUCACCCCUAUGUACUCUGAAUGCGCUUUAUUUGAGUUAAGUUUUUGAAGUUGAUUAAAUUGAACGAGAUAUCUCUCCAUAAAAGCAUUUUUAAUUUAUUUUUCUCUUGUACAAGUCAUGUAAACGGUCAACAAAACCUACAUUGUAGAUCAUUGUGUUUUUCAAAGUCAUCCAAGCAUACAUUUUCAGAUUAUGGUAGGAUUCCUGAAAAAAAAACUGAUAAAAAAACACUGCACCUUUAUCUAUUAUGAGAGAGGGGGAAAAAUGAAAGUUUGAAAGCAAUAGGUCAAAAGAUAAGAAAGUUAAGGCUGUUUUGAUAUUGAGAUCCCUAAGACUGUCAAAUUUGAAAUUGGCAACUUGGUAAUUAAUUUAUGACAAGUGGUGGGGACAAUUUUCCCAUAGUAUCUGGGAUAUAUGUCUUUUUUAAAGUACAUAAUGUCCUGUGGUAUCAAUAUAAAUAUUGCUAUCAUACUAGUAUUGUUUUAUGUCCUGCAAAAAAAUUUAAAGUACAAUUUUUGAAAGAAAGUUUCAUCUUUACCCUUACGAGUAUCGGAGCAAAUGGAAGCAUAUUGAUGAUGCCCAUAGAAUUUGUAGGGUUCUAUUUCAAAUAAAGUGUUUACAGCUUUUUAAAACUUUUCAAAUAUUCAG